AUGGAGACCGUCUUCAUCACUAUUCACGAUCUCUCGCAGGAUGCUAGUAUCAGAUACUGCUCUGACUCGGUGGAGGACAUCCUUGGCUAUCUUCCGCACGAGGUGACAGGCAAAUCAUGUUGGGAGUAUUUUCACCCCGACGAGAUCCCCUUUGCACGGGCCAUUCAGGGCCGUGGCAUCAGUCUGGACAAGGCUGCUGUCAUGAGCUACGCCCGCAUAAAGCACAAGGACGGCCGUUGGGUCGGGUGUGAAUGCUCGUUCACGGUAGUCUAUGACGUCCUCGUGGCCACCACGGCGAUUUACCGACGAGGCCCCAAGGCGAGGCAGCGGGCGCUAGACGGAGCCGGUGUCCGGCGCAUCUUUUCGUCUUCGCCACGCGAUCCGAGAUACCAUAUGCUGCAGUACCUGUCCAACAAAUUCUAUCAGGAACCCGAAAUCCAUUCUCCAGAACCGAGAGCCGCGCUCUUCCUCAAUCGGUUUUCGCGCACCUCGACCAUCAUGUUUGCCACGGACGGCCUCGCCACCAUUCUGGGCCUGGAGCCGGCCGAUGUCAUCGGGAAGAGUUUCUAUUACUGCAUCGAGGAGAACUGUCUUCGGGACGCCGUCAAAGCCCUCGAGAGUGCGAAAGCUAAUGACUCUAUCGCCUACUUGAGGUUUUGGUACCGGAACCCCUUGCGGGAAGACAACAGGACUCACGCUGAUUCCGUGGGUGAUGAGGACGAGGACGAGGAUGGGGGUGUCUCGCUGGGCGCCAGGUCCAGUGUCUCGAUGACGGAUGCUUCCACUCCAAGGCAGACCGAAGACGGCGCCCGGCUCUUUGACGCAACGACCCCCCUGGUUACAGAACAGUCCUCAGGGGUGAACCUUGGGCCGACGGCCGAACACCAGUCUUCCCGGCCGUCCGAUGCGCAAGAAAGCGGUCGAUCACAGACUGACCAAACCCUUGGGCUUCCCGUCGAAAACAACCUCACUAUGGGACGGUCGAACUCGGAUCAGAGUGCGGACCUUGAUGCCAAUGCUGCUGAUACGAUCUUCGACCGACCGGCUACUCAACGGUCGUCGUCCUCAGGAACCCCACCCGAAGAUCCAAGAUUGGAGAUCGAAGCCGUCGUCUCCUGUUCUUCCGACGGGCUUGUUGUCAUUCUCCGUCGCGCCAGACCACUCGUACCUCACCGACUUGGGGCAACGGAGGCACCGUACUAUGCGAAUGGCCUCUUCGCGUCUCCUUGGGCCCCCGAGCCAGUCAUGCCUCCUUCCGCAUACGAGACUGCUGUUGCUCCACCGGCCAUUUCACCGGGGACAACGGAAGAAGAAUCUGGCUUCAUGGCCGCCAUCCGCGACGUGGCGGUGUUUGCUUGGUCCCUUACGGGUAUCAACGGGUCGCUCGCACAGUAUGCCAAGGGCACGCCGUCUCCGGAGGCCCUGCCACCUGAUGGUCUACCUAUCUGGGAUCCCAAUGCCGAUGUUGAUCCACUAGCCAAUGAGCAGUAUAACGGCUUCCUGGGAAGCGUGCAUCGGCCUUGGGCGGGACCGGGCGGGGAACUGGCCGAGGCGAAAAAAGACGACGAGUUAGGCAGCAGUGACGACGAGGUUCUUUGGAAGAGAGCUCCUACAAUGACACCUUGGAGGCGGCCCAAGAGAAGAGCGCAUCACGAUGCUUUCGGCGAGGAUGGCGUUGAUGGCGUGGACGGUGAGAACCCACGGGGUGGGCGCAAGAGACCUACAAGGUCGAGUUCGGGCUCUGGGCGAGCCCCCGGCUCCGGAGCAGCGUCUACUUCCGGGCCGGGCUCAUCCUCUGGGACGUCCUGA